UUUUGCCCCAACACGACUCCACAGCUGCUAUGCCGAGUCUGACUAUCACUUCUCACCGACUGAACCCACCCAUCGAGAUCAUUUGUGAGGCCUCUGGCGUGUCUUGCUGCUAACCCGCCCUUCUCUCCGCCUUCGCACCUCGCAGUUGCCCUAUCAACAAACGCUGUAAACAACGCCUUCCUUGCCUACACCGCUCCCUACAACGCCACCGCAAAUAUGCCGGACCCCAAGACCACAGCAAAGACUUCAUCAAAGAGCUCAUCCAAGACUUCUUCAAAGUCCAAGUCGUCCAAGAGCGACUCAUCCAAGAGCGACUCGUCCAAGGUUCACAAACUUGCCUUAAAGGGCUCUUCUAAAGUGGUCAAUGAAUUUUUUGAGUAUUGCAUCAACACCAUACUCUUCCAAAGAGGCGUCUACCCUGCUGAGGACUUCACCGCAGUCAAGAAAUAUGGAUUGACUAUGAUGGUGACUGCUGAUGACCAGGUCAAGGCCUACAUCAAGAAGAUCAUGGGCCAGCUCAAGGAAUGGAUGUACGGCGGCAAGAUCUCCAAGCUUGUUAUUGUCAUCACAAGCAAAGAAACUGGGGAACAUGUUGAACGAUGGCAGUUUGAUGUUCAGAUAUUUGGAAAGGGUUCAAAGUCAAAGUCCUCCAAAAAGGAUACCGAUCAGGAAAAUGCCGCCCCAGAGGCCAGCGAUGCACCAGAAGAGAAGACCGAGGCGGAAAUCCAAGCAGAGAUCCAGUCCAUCUUCAGGCAGAUCACGGCCUCUGUGACUUUCCUGCCAAUGCUCGACGGAAACUGCACAUUCAACGUUCUUGUCUAUGCUGAUGCCGACUCCGAUGUCCCACUCGAAUGGGGCGACAGCGAUGCAAAGGAAAUCAAGAAUGGCGAGAAGGUGCAGCUCCGAAGCUUCAGCACUAGCAAUCAUCGCGUUGACACGCUAGUGAGCUACAGGCUUGCCGACUAGCGUUAUCCGUCCCCUCCUUUUGUUUGGAUUCUUUUCCGUUCUUCACUGCUUUUGUUGCUUCGGUCAGAUGAACCGAAUACCAAUAAGAAGUUUUUCAGUGGGCUAUCCGUUCCUGACAUGGACGCAUUACCACAUCAGUAGCAUAAUCGGCCAAUGGAAAUGUUUUAUUUACAGCACAAAAACUAUCGAGUACACGGUUCUUGACACGUUGCCGCAGUUCAAUCAGGUAUCGACUGCGCUGCACUAUGUUCGGUGAUCGUCGCGGCUGCCGAAACUGACCAAGAAAACUCUAGUGUGUGUGGGUGGGUU